AAUCACAUGAUUUUGUUCUUGGGGAACACUAUCAAUAGGGUUUGCAAUUUUUAGUUAUUACGGACGUGAGAUCUGGUUUAUUGCAACUUUGCAUCCCAACAAAUCUCCGUUUAAACUGAAAUUACAUAGGUCACAGGUUAGCACAGAUCUCGAUCAAGCGCACACAUGAACAUGAACAGCAGGGGAUGUGAAUUAAGAUCCAUUUAUAAUUCAUAGGAAGAUGCAAGAAUUAGAAUGAUUGUUGGUCCCCUCCCCUCUCUCUAUCUCCCUGCAUGGGAAAAUGGACUGAAUACUGUAAUUAAGUUUAGCCCUUUUUUAGCAAACCCUUAUAUAUACACACAACGCAUCACCCUCAUUUUCCUAAUAAACCAACCAUACAUCACACAACAUUCCUCCUUCUCUCCACAUGGAAGGAAGCCACCAAGAGAUGCAGCUCUUCUCCUCCCCUUCUCCCGAUCACAAUCCGCCCCCGCUCGACCUCCAGCUAUCCAUAAGCCUGAACAAGCCGGAGCGCGUGGCGAUGAGGAAGAUGCGGAAGGCCGCGGGCGUGGAGGCUCUCAAGUGGCAGGCAGCGGAGCAGAUUCGGCUUGCGGCCAUGGAGAAGGCCUACGCGGAGCGCGUGAGGGAGCUGACGAGGCGGGAGAUGGAGAUGGCGCAGAGCGAGUUCGCACGCGCACGCGCCAUGUGGGAGAGGGCACGAGAGGAGGUGCAGAGAGCCGAGAGGAUCAAGGAGAGGAUGGAUUCCCUCUCUGCCACCUGCCACUCCUGCAGACACAACACCUUUACACCUUAAAAUCUGCUAACUAGGUUUAAUUUUCGUUGCUGUAAUCAAUUCCAGCACAUGUACUAUGAAGAAAAUAAUAAUAAUAUCAGUUUUUCAUGUGCAAAAAUAAAGCUCCAUGAUUGAUUA